UGAUACAAGUCUUCAGUUGAUAACCAGCAGCGAGUGAUGUUACGCGCGUGGCUCGUGUGCGCAAGCGCUUGUGUCUGCGCGCUGCUGUUUGCGCGCGCUGCGCCCGCGCCGCCCCUGCACACGCAUGUCAAAGACUCAAAAGUCCAAGAGAAGACAAUCGUGGUGCGGAGGAUGCCAAAUGCCUACUUCUACCCGUUCAGUCUAUGGCCCUUGCCCAAGUUUCCUGACAGAGGCCUAAGGCUACUUGAAGCCAACCCCAACGUGAAGCGAUUGUAUGACGACCUGCUCAGCAACUACAACCGGCUGAUCCGACCUGUGACCAACGUGUCGGACAUUCUGACCGUACGGCUCGGACUGAAACUGUCGCAGCUCAUGGAGGUCAAUCUGAAGAACCAGGUCAUGACCACAAAUCUUUGGGUCGAGCAGAAAUGGUUCGACUAUAAACUGCAAUGGAAUCCUGAUGAAUAUGGCGGCGUGGAAAUGCUAUACGUACCCUCGGAGCACAUCUGGCUGCCCGACAUCGUACUGUACAACAACUGGGACGGCAACUAUGAAGUGACGCUGAUGACGAAGGCCACAAUUAAGUACACGGGCGAGGUGAUCUGGAAGCCGCCGGCCAUCUACAAGUCCUCUUGUGAGAUCAAUGUGGAAUACUUCCCCUUCGACGAGCAGACCUGCUUCAUGAAGUUCGGAUCGUGGACUUACAGCGGAUUUCAGGUGGAUUUAAAGCAUAUGGACCAACCGGCGGGCAGCAGCUUAGUGCACGUGGGAAUCGACUUGAGCGAGUUCUACCUCUCCGUGGAAUGGGACAUUCUAGAAGUUCCCGCUACGAGGAACGAGGAGUACUACCCGUGCUGUCCCAAUGAGCCGUUCUCUGACAUAACAUUCAAACUGACCAUGAGGCGGAAGACCUUGUUCUACACCGUCAACUUGAUCAUUCCCUGCGUCGGCCUCACCUUCCUCACUGUGCUGGUUUUCUAUUUACCCUCUGACUCUGGGGAGAAGAUCUCGCUCUGCAUCUCAAUCCUGGUGUCCCUCACCGUGUUCUUCCUCGGUCUGGCCGAGAUCAUCCCGCCGACCUCCCUGGCGAUCCCUCUGCUUGGGAAAUAUCUGCUGUUCACCAUGAUACUCGUCUCGCUCAGCGUUUGGGUGACAGUGUGCAUACUAAACGUGCAUUUCAGAUCCCCAUCAACCCACACUAUGUCGCCUUGGAUGAAGAAGCUGUUCCUCCAGCUGAUGCCGAAGCUCCUCAUGAUGCGGCGAACCAAGUACUCCCUCCCCGAGUACGAUGACACCUUCGUCUCCAACGGAUACACGAACGAGCUAGAAAUGAGCCGCGACAGCCUGACUGAUGCCUUCGGUGACAGCAAAAAUGGUGACAACGGUGACUACAGGAAGUCUCCCAACCCUGAAGAUGACAUGAUGGCUGCUGGGGGACAUCAGAGACCUUCAGUAACCGAAUCUGAAAACAUGCUGCCACGCCAUCUCUCGCCAGAAGUAGCAGCAGCUCUGCAGAGCGUGAGGUUCAUCGCUCAACACAUCAAGGAUGCUGAUAAGGAUAAUGAGGUGAUCGAAGACUGGAAAUUCAUGUCCAUGGUGCUUGAUCGCUUCUUCCUCUGGCUGUUCACCAUCGCCUGCUUCGUGGGCACCUUCGGCAUCAUAUUCCAGUCGCCCUCGCUGUAUGACACGCGCGUGCCUGUCGACCAGCAGCUGUCUUCCAUCCCUAUGAGGAAAAGCAACUUCUUCUACCCGAAGGGCGUUGAGACUAUUGGAAUUGUCAGUUAA